AUGGUUUCCGGCUCUGACGAUGUCCGUCAAAUAACGGACGAAAGCUCAACACGGAGUCAUCGGGAUCGUAGGACGGGCAGCCAAGGUCUUCUUCGCACAAUUCAACAGACAAGAGCCCAAGGCAAUCCUCCUGCGGUAUCCGGUGCGGCUAAUCUACGAAUACUUUCGAGCCACAUUUUCAAACAAAAUGAAAGGUACGUCAGUAUGGACUUAAUUCUCUUUCUAAAUCAGACUGGAUUGCUGUUUCCGAAUGAACUGGGGAGCACCGGUGGGCAUCAAAAGCAGGCUUAG